GGGCACAUCGGUCGCACAGAGCUUGGUAUGCGUCUGCUACCUUCGUGUUUUAUCCCUGCCGUGGUCAAAAUCGCUGAAGAGUGUCCCGUAUAUUCGGUUCGUGGGUGCGCUAUUUUUGUUCUCAAUCUUGUAUGCCAGAAUCAAGUUGGUGCUGAACGAUUAUUUUACCUCGGCUGGCCGAACAACUCUGAAAUUGAUUUCAGGUGGUCGAACGACCUGCUUUCUGUAUUUUCUCAGGAUUACUGCGAAAUCCAGAGAACAUUCUUUGAGGUUUACAGGACAUUCCAUAUGGAAUCGUUGCAGUCCAACAUUAAUUUCCCACAACACCCUGAAUGCCACAAAUUUGGCCGUUGUCAUUGUUGUGAAGAAUUGCUGCGGGGUCUAUCAUCACUGGAGAACACAGUUGAUGAUAACCCUAUCUUGAGCAUCUCAGUUAGCCUCAAAAUGACCCGUAUUUUGCCCGUUUUUGUGCGAUGCUGCGCCGAUGUCUGUCUCUCGUCAGGCAAUUUUUAUUCAACGAACAGCACUGGAAACGGCGGUACUGCUUUGCGAAGCCAUGAUGCUUACCAGAACUGCAUCACCGGUAUCUGUUCUCCAUCCUGUUGUCUUCUCGCAAAGAUUCAGUGUUGUCGCGUUCGACACCCUGAUUGCACCUGCGACGAGGAUAUCAAGUUUCUUUCGCAGAUUAACCGCAAUCGCAGAAGAUUUGGAAUCAUGAAAUGGAUCAAGACUACAGACGCCUAUGCGGAUGCAGAGAAUAGAUCGCCUGAUUUCACGUCGCGAUUCGGUGCACCGAGUUUAGCCAAGAUGGACAGACUUAACGAUCACGGCAAAACAAGUUUAGAACUACAGUACGUUAAACUCAGACUGCAUAAAGUUCCUGUAGCUCUGUUUUCUUCUGCAGCGUUUCAAGGCAACACCGCGUCUACCAAACCAUCCACGUUUGCUGCUUAUAAACCUUCAAAGAUUACUGAAGACGCCCGCAAGACAGAAAUAUUUUAUAUCGAUGGCCAUAUGAAGGAUAGAUGUUUGUCUUGCGAAGGUGCGAAGCGACCGUCGUUGGAAAGAGCAGCUGCGUCAGAUGCGGAAUGCCAUAAGGGUGUCAAAUAUUCGUUGUCGACGGACAAAACUCUGCCGUCGGAGAGCGUCUUCGCUCAGCAAACCCUUCGCAGAGAGGUCUUGCGAUUGGUGUCGUUGCUAACCGUUCGUCGAAGAUACGCAGAACGCGAAUUGCUCAGACUAAAGCAUGAAAAUCCACAAACCUUCUCAUCGCUUUGCCUCUAUUCAGACAUCUGCUAUGUGUUGUCUAAAUACCGAUUUUCGAUGCAGUCUCGGCGCUUUUCGCAUGAAAUAUUUUCAGAAGUUGACUUCUCGCCGUUGUGGCUUUGGCCAAAGCUGAUUUUGCAACUUCCCUACGUUCAGAGCCCAAAGCCAACUCUCAAGGAAUAA